AUGACUAAAAAAUCCGAGAAGUAUUAUUUGCUCCCAGAUGAAGAUGAGCCAUAUCGGACAUGUAAGAGCAAAAAUUUCAUUGCCAAAGUUAUGUUCUUAGUUGCUCAAACUCGACCACGAUUUGACUCAGAAGAAAAUGAAACUUUUUCGGGUAAAAUUGGUGUUUUUCCGUUUGUUACCCAUGAACCGGCUAUAAGGUCAAGUAUUAACAGAGUUGCGGGAACAAUGGUAACAAAAGCAAUAACUACGGUAAAUAGAGAUGUGGUAAGAUCAUUCCUUAUUGACAAAGUUCUACCCGCUAUAAGAGAAAAAUGGCCAAGAGAUGAAUUUGAGUCAACAAUAUUUAUCCAGCAGGAUAACGCAAGGACGCAUAUAAACCAUGAUGAUCCUUUAUUCCGUGAAGCUGCCACCAAGGAUGGGUUUGAUAUUCGUUUAAUGUGUCAGCCUGCAAACUCUCCAGAUUUGAAUAUCUUAGACCUUGGUUUUUUCUCGGCUAUACAAUCAUUGCAAUACAAGGAAGCACCGAAAACUAUUGAUGAACUUAUCAGUGCAGUGGUGAAGUCAUUUGAAAAUUUUCCUUCAAUUAAGUCCAAUCGUAUAUUUGUAUCAUUGCAACUAUGCAUGAUAGAGAUCAUGAAAGAGAAAGGUUCCAAUAAAUAUAAAAUUCCUCAUGUAAAUAAGGAAAGGCUUGAAAGAGUAAGACAACUACCAAUUCAAAUUAAGUGUGAUCCAAUAUUAGUACAAGAAGUCAAAAAUUACUUAAACAUGGAGUAA